AUGAGUGACGUUUCCUGGCCGUCUGACACCGAUAGCAACGGAAAGCCGCCUGGGUGGCGCCACUGGUGGGAAAGGGAACCACCGCGGAGCGCCGAUCACUCGGACGAUGCUGACGAGGAGGAGGACGCCGCGGACGGCUCGGAGCCCGACGGCUCGGAGCCCGACGACUCGGAGCCCGACGACGCCGAUGAAGCGGGCGAGGAGGAGGACGCCGCCGAUGACGCGGACGAGGAGGAACAUGCCGUCGACGACGCGGACGACGAGGAACCCGCCGCCGACGAUGCGGAAGAGGACGAGGACUCCGACGCGAAGUGGGCGCGGCUGGAGGAGGCCUUGGCCGCCGAUGAGAAGGCGGCCGCGAAAAAGAAGGCUCGCGCGAAGAAGGCAGCCGUGGUGCGGGCGCGGGCGCGGGCCGCGGUGACGGACGAGGAGGAGGACUACGACGGCUCGUCGAAGUACUCCUCGUCAGAAGAUGACUCGUCGGACGACAGCUCCUCGUCGGAGAAGGCUUCUCGCAAACGGGGGCGCCCGGACGACGACGAGGCAGAGUCGUCGUAUAAACGUUCCAAGUAG